AUAAACCGUAAGUUGUUUCAAGCGCAUUCAUUUUUGUUAGUCAAGUUUUUAUUUUUUUAUUUUAAUAUGUAUUAUAUCAAUCAGCAAUGAUUUAUUCUAUAUAAAAUUGAGCUGUAAUAAAUAUGUUUAUUUUUUUUAAAUUGCCCUGAAAAAAUUUAAGAACCUUAUAACAUGCAAUUAUUCAUAUGGUAAUUAUAUAUCACCAUGAUAUAAAUAAUUGGUUUUGAAAAAACUUAUUUUGGGAAGACAACACUGUCAGAAAUGCAGGGAAAUUUUGCCAGUUAGUGUUUGCAGCACUGGUGGAAAGCUGGCGAUAGAGAGUCGGCUUCAUCACUAUUGAGAAGAUCGUAAUUUAUCUGUCAAGAUGGCCGAGGUUACCUCUUCUGAUAAAGCUAGUAGUGUUAGUGAUAUUACCACAGAAUUGUUUACAAAUCCAUUGAAUUUAUUCCUUUUAGCCGUAAUUGCAUUCAUCGUUUACAAAAUUUAUAAAAAUCAAUACAAACAACAUCCCCACUAUGAGCCGGAGCCCGAACUACCUAAAAUGAAGAAGAGAGACUUCACACUCGAAGAAUUAAAAGCAUACGACGGUAAUGGUCCGGACGGUAGGAUUUUGAUUGCAGUCAACGGCAAAGUUUUCGAUGUCACCAAAGGAAAACGAUUCUAUGGGCCAGGUGGACCUUAUGCUGCUUUUGGAGGAAGGGAUGCUUCAAGAGGUCUUGCUACGUUUUCAGUUACUGGCGGAAGCGAAACUUACGAUGAUCUGAGUGACCUGAAUUCUAUGGAAAUGGAUUCAGUUCGUGAGUGGGAAAUGCAGUUCACAGAUCGGUAUGACUACAUUGGUAAACUUCUGAAGCCUGGUCAAGAGGCAACAAGUUAUUCAGAUGAAGAGGAAGAAGCUACAAAUCAAGAGACUGUUACUGAAAAACCAAAAGAGGAGUAACCGAAUACACUGUAUUCUAAAAGAAAAAAGAGAGAAAGUGAACAAAAAAAAUUUUUAAUAUGAUAACCCUCAUUUAUUGUAAAGGCACUUGUGUAGUCUUGGUAAUUAUAGCCGUAAGUUUGCCUAAGGGGGCAUUUCUGCAAAAACUAAACCAAAUCAACAGAAAAUAGAAUGUUUGUUUAAAAAGAUACUUCACUUUGUUACCAUAUUUUUAAAAAAAAUAUAUAUUUGUUAUGAGUAUUAAAUUAUGGUGAAGGUGUCUCUUAAACUUUAUUUAUAUUUGCUUUUAGUUGGUUGUUUUUGUUUAGAUUUUUUAACUAGCUAUGGAUAAAUCGGGAUCUAUCCAGCUAGAGACUACAUGUUUUUGUAAUAAAAAAAAAAAGUUAAAAAAAAUUAAUAUGAUUAUUUAAUUAUGAAUUUAAAUAAUUUCAUUUAUUUUAAAAAUAGUUUUAUGUUCAAUUCAUAAGCCAUAUUGGACAGAUUAUCGCUAAAUUGUUGAUAUCAUUGUCAUUUAUAAAUUUUUUAUCUGAUUUAUUUUUAUGUAGCUAAGGCAUUUUUUUUCCCUUUGAUGCUAUUGCACUAAUAACUUGGUAUUAGUACUGGUUAUAUCGAAUGGAGUUUCUUUUAUUGAAAAGGCUGAUAUACUUAAACCAAAUGGUCCUAUUUAGGUAGGUAAUAUAAGGUCAGAGGAAAAAAUGAAUUAUCAUUUCCAGAAAUAUAAUAAUUUUUUAAGAUUAUAUUGUCCUGUAUAUAAUAUUUUCUAAGAUUGGAUUUAUUAAUCUUCCAACUAAUUUGAGACUGCCUUUUUGAUAUUUUGUCUUUAUUUUAAUUAUAUCAAUUAAGGAUCUGUUCCUGAAAGCCUAAUUUAUAUUUGGAGCUGACAGAUUCUUAAUUAUCAUGAGUGUGUGUAUAUAUCAUAUAUAUUUGUGUAUUGUAUAUACAUAGAUAAGUGAUUAUACUAGUACCUUAAUAAGAUCUUGACGGGGAAUUUUAUUGACAUGUUAUGAUGAAUUGUUUAUGAACGAUGUGAAAUAUAUAUAUAAAGAAAUCAAAUUCAACUAUGAAUGUUAUAUUUUAAUUUUUCUUUCUCCAUAUUAAUUGCUUUUUUCUGAUCACCAAAGUUUUUUGGUGAAGAACUUUGUAAUGAUUUUGUAUGUUACACUUUUUCUGUGUGUUUCUUCAGUCAUUAUGUUUGUUAAAUAUAUCACUUUUUGACU